AUGGACGUGGUCCGUGCUCCUCCUCGGACACCCCCAGGAUCUCACAUCAUCGCCGAGAAGUGGCUGAUGGGGGAUUACACCUGCACCUUCACAUACUCAGCUCAGGGAGGAACAAACGAGCAAUGGCAGAUGAACAUUGGCGUCAGUGAGGAUAACCAGCUCUUCUCCUGCUCUGUCUGGAGGCCCCAAGGGAAGUCUUAUCUCUUCUUUACCCAGUUUAAAGCUGAAGUGAAAGGAGCCAAGAUAGAGCAUGCCAUGGCUUAUUCUCAAGCUGCAGUGGGUGGACAAAGCGACGUCCCCUUAAAACAGGAAGAAUUUGAAAUCACCGAAACAACAGUGUCUCACAGGGAAGGCAAGUUCCGUUUUGAACUGUCCAAACUCAUGAUUGUAGCAAAAACACCCCGUGACGAGCUGUGACCCCGAGGCCGGUGUUGGGCAGGGUGUUUUGGCUGGAAGAGCAUAGCAGAUAAAGAGGAUUACUUGUUAACUGCGGGUUUUUUUGGUUGGCCAAACCUUUUAUGUUUUCCAUAUUGAAAUGUGCUAGGGUCCAACACAAGUGGGACUUGGAGGUGUUAAGACAGAUGCAUUCUGUCUUGUGUCAGAGUAACAAUGUGCUUUGCAGCUGGAAACCUCCUCAGAGACUCCUGAUCUGCAGCCAGCCAUUCUGUCGCCCGCUUUCUGCUCGGCUGAUCUGCUGAAUAUGGUAAAGCUCCCCUCGAACGGGGGCUCCUUAUCUCCCUUGCUAGGAAGAGCAAUGCAGAAAGAUAAGUGGCUGGAUUUAAACAGGGUUUGCUAAAGGAAAGUUGUUAACUCUGUAGUCUCUGGAGGGG